GUCACGGUUCAACAGCUCUUUCAAUGGCAAUUCAACAUGGAAAUUACUUUCGCAUUGUCCAUACUCUAGUAUCACAUGGUGCAUCGAUACUUCACUCAAAUCCGAAAUUAUUGCCGUUGCUACAAUUAUCAAAAAAUCAAAAUUACGAGCAAAUAUCGGCAUAUUUAUUCAAUCAACUGAACGUUCAAUUUCUUACAGCUAUCAUAAACAAUGAUCUUGAAAGUGCCCAGUUGUUGACUCCGAUGGGUGUUGAUUUUAAUCACCAAGAUGAACAGAAUCGAACGCCGCUGCACUAUGCCGUUCAGUAUUAUGGAGUCGAUUUUGUCAAAUGGUUGUGUGAAAGUGGAGCAAAUUGGAAAACCGCCGAUAUCAGUGGCCAGUAUCCAAUUACAGAAGCAGCCGAAAAGGGGGAUCUACCCGUUGUUAAAUAUUUUAUCGAAAAUCGACCAGCGACAAGAGAAUUGAAAAACAAAGCCGGUCAAAAUGCGCUCGCUAUUGCCAAAGCUUGCCGUUAUAACCGCAUUGUUCAGCUUCUCGAUCCGGGCAACAAAGAUUUUCCAGUUAAAGAUGAUGAAGAAGACCCAACGAUAGCACCACCAAAAUACACAUUGCAACAACUGCUGCGUGCAUCAGAGAAUGGUCAAGUUUCCAUAAUCAAAGAAUUUGUUGAUCAACGUUACCGUUCGUUAGCAACAAAAACUGACCAAUGCAGGCAAAUGAUCGAAGCGGCAGAACGAAAAAAUCAACAAGAAGUUCUGGCACAUCUUCGACCUCACUAUGCGUCGUUAACAACUGAAAUAAAUCCAGGAAAUUAUCUAACUGUUAGUGCACAGCAGAAAGUGAUUCUCGAAGGAUUUUUGGGUUACUUGAGUGGACUGAUUGCUGGUAGCGAUGUAAAAUUGGAUCCAUCGGAUCCAAAGACCUAUGGCCAGUUGUUGUACAAAAAUCUUCAUUCCAGUUCUGCAGAACGUGUCGGACAAUUAAAUUCAGUCCAGAAUGAUCGUGAUGUCGCACAGAUCCAUGAAAAGGACAUGAACGACAUACAACAAAAGUUGGAAAAAUUACAAGGUGAGAUGAAACGAAUGGAACAAAGUCGAAUUACGCUGGUGAAAGCAAUCGAAACAAGCGAACAAAAACUGAAACAAGCAAAAACAGCAAUUGAAAAACGAGAUUUUUCGAAAGAAAUUCAAGAAACAAAAGAUCAAAUGGCCGUGCUGACCAGUGAAGUUCUUCUAUUUAAAACUGUACGAGAAACCGCUGAAAAGAAGAAAGAAAUUUUGGCACUCAUUAAAAAUGAUCAUAAUCUAGUUCAUUUUUACAAUACAGUUGAACAUCAGUUACAGUCGUUGUUCAUAGGCGUUUUUGCCGCACAAUCGGAAUUGCUGACAACUGAACUUGGUUCCGCAACGGGGAAAAUUCAAACUGUUAUCGAUUGGAUACCAGAGUCAGUUAUACCCAUUCCGGAACCAAUCAUGUUCCUGUUAAAACAGACAGUUACAAGUAUUGUAUCGGUUGUCGACAAAACAAAGCAGAAAAAGGAAUAUCGGAACAUCUCAACAUUGGGCAAUAUUGAAUAUUUGCAAAAGGCUGCAACAAAUUCUGCCGGACUUUUGACAUUGUACUACAAAGAACAGUUGGAUUCUAUUGACAUGAGCAAAAAAGUCGAAGGCAACCAUCGGUUGGCAACAUUUUUUACAUGGGCAAACAAUAAACUCGACGGAAAACCAAGUGAAAAUGCAAUUGUCCUUGUCGCUGAAUAUGCUGUCGCAUGGAUAAUCGAUGCGUUGAAAGAAGGCGACAGACAAGAUAAGGACAAAACAGGGAGAAUUAGAAACUUUGUUCCGAAUCAACCGUUGGCCGAUCAGUUAUGGCUUUGUGUUGCAAAGCAAGAUCCAAUGGUCAAAAUGAAAAUAGAAACACUUGGGUUUGAAAUGGGACAACACAAAGUUCCACUGAAAAACGGAAAAUUUAUCCCAUUAAAACGUUUGUUUGGUUGUCCAAUUGUCGUGGCUGGAGGUGCAGUUUAUCAAUAUCAGCUGCCAUCAGAGGAAUCUACCGAAAAUGAUCCCAUUCAGUAUGGUUAUGUUUAUUUGGAUCCGUUCACUUACAAGGUCACUGGUCAAUUGAUUGUAGAAAAACGAAAGUUGAUAAAAAAAACCGAUCAGUCGGGAAAACCUCUUCCAGACAUACUCGAUAAUGUUGGCUUGUUUCGAGAAGGCGGUGAAAGUACAAGUCUCGUUUACGAUGUACCCGAUGUGAAACAAACGGCAAUUUCACUCGCACAUUCGAUGCGGGAACAAAAUUUACUUGUUGGUCCUGAUCAGCUGAAACAUUCUGUACAAAAAGUUCGUUCGGACAUUGUCCAUGAAGUGACAAUGGAAGUUGACGUACUUCGAGAUGAUUUUAAUGCAAAAGCAGCAUGUUUUCAAACAUCGAUCGAUGCAGCCUACGAAAAAAUUACGAAAGAUUUUGAAAAAUGUCAGGAAGAGUUGCUUGAAACACAAAAAGCCGAGUAUCAAACAGCGGCAAGAAAACUGGUUGAUCAAAUCAAACAAUCCCAACAGCAGCUAGAAGCAGUAAUUAAAAAACGAACACAAGAAAUGGAACAAUUGUUGAAUGAAAAAUGUGAACAACAAGAUGUCAUCGUCCAAAAAGCGGAGCAAAAAUCCAUCGUCGCCGUUAAUACAUCAACAGAAGCGAAAGAAUUGAGUAUGGCUAGUGAGCAGUCAGCGAAACAAUCAGCGGCACAAUCACAAAAGCUUGUUGAGUCAACCGAACAGCGUAAACAAGAAAUGCAAAAAGUCAUUGAUGAAUGUGUGGAAAAGAUCGAAAAAACGAUAGCCGAACAAAAACAAGCUUAUGAUGAAAGUCUAAGCGAAUUGCAGGCAAAUGCCCGUUUGGAGAUGGAACGAAUGAGACAACAAGUCGAAAUAUUGACAUUGAAAGCAUCAGAAGCGGCGAGAGCAGCGGAUAAAUCUGCAAGCGAUGCUAAAACGACACAAAAGAAUACAAACGUACAGAUCGAAGUUAUGAAAGAGGAACGGAAAAAGCUGCUCAAAGAAGCGAAAGAAGCCAGAGAAGCGAGUGAAAAGGCAGCCAAUCAUGCUCGCGAUGCCGAGAGAUCUGCGAAAGAUUCGAAAGACCAUUCGAAAAAAUCUCAAGAAAAAGUUGAAAAAAUGGCAAAAAGAACUGUAUUAGAGACGACUGCAUAA